ACAACAAUCGUUGGAAUAAGGGUGGAACGAUGGCUUCGUAAAGAAACUCUGUAGACACUGCGAAAUCACCACCCGAACCUGACUGCAUCUGUUUCUGUUUCAGCUUGACUUGUAGAUGGUGCCGAGCCCAUGAACUUGGCCAGUCAGAGCGGGGAGGCCGGCUGCAGCCAGCUCCUCUUCGCCAACUUUAAUCAGGACAACACGUCCUUAGCUGUUGGCACUAAAUCCGGAUACAAGUUUUUCUCUUUGUCCUCAGUCGAUAAAUUGGAACAGAUUUAUGAAUGUACUGACACUGAAGAUGUGUGCAUCGUGGAAAGGCUGUUCUCAAGUAGCCUUGUUGCUAUUGUUAGCCUGAAGGCACCUAGGAAGCUGAAAGUGUGUCACUUCAAGAAAGGGACGGAAAUCUGUAACUACAGCUAUUCUAACACUAUUCUUGCUGUGAAACUAAACAGACAGAGGUUGAUAGUAUGUCUGGAAGAAUCACUGUAUAUCCACAACAUCAGAGAUAUGAAAGUACUACAUACGAUUCGGGAGACGCCUCCAAACCCAUCAGGGUUGUGUGCGCUUUCAAUCAGUAAUGACAACUGCUAUUUAGCUUACCCUGGCAGUGCUACAAUAGGAGAGGUACAAGUUUUUGACACCGUUAACUUGCGGGCUGCUAACAUGAUCCCUGCUCAUGACAGCCCUUUGGCUGCCCUAGCAUUUGAUGCCAGUGGAAUCAGACUGGCCACAGCUUCAGAGAAGGGUACCGUUAUCCGUGUGUUCUCCAUUCCAGAAGGUCAGAAACUCUUUGAGUUCAGAAGAGGAGUGAAGAGAUGCGUCAGCAUUUGCUCCUUAGCCUUCAGUAUGGAGGGACUCUAUCUCUCUGCUUCUAGCAACACAGAGACAGUGCAUAUUUUUAAGCUGGAGACACAGAGAGAAAAGCCACAGGAGGAGCCGACCACUUGGACGGGAUACUUUGGGAAGGUGCUCAUGGCCUCCACUACGUACCUGCCUGCACAGGUCACUGAGAUGUUCACUCAAGGACGGGCCUUUGCCACUGUUCGAUUGCCAUUUUCGGGUCACAAGAAUAUCUGCGCGCUUGCCAUAAUCCAGAAGAUUCCACGCCUUCUGGUAGCGGCAGCGGAUGGUUACCUUUACCUGUACAAUCUCGAUCCUCAGGAGGGUGGAGAGUGCACACUAAUGAAGCAGCACAAGUUGGAUGGAAGUGCCGAGCCGGCGAAUGAAAUCUUAGAGCAGACAACACACGACCGCCCACUGGUGGCACAGACGUACAGCGCGGCCGUGACCAAAGGCUACUCUGAGGACCAGGGAGCCGUCGGAGGUGCCGGCAUGGAGGAAGACAUGAACGCCCUGCAUCUCGAUGAAGAGAACGAACAGCCUCCUCUGAUCCUGGAGACGGACUGAAGGCGACACCUGUCACACCCCGGGGGCGGGAGAUGGAAGACUGAGUGACUUUGUUUAAAGGGGGUCCUUCCUCUGGUGCUGCUAUGAAUCUGUGACUUGGUGGAGAAGGGAUUAAAAAGAGAGGGCAUUUUAAAGCAAGCCUAGCAGUAGCCUCAUUCUGUCUGUUGUUAUGUGUAGAUGUCGUCUUCUUUUUUUCUUCCCCCUCACUUGUGGCUUUUUUUUUUUCUUUCUUUUUUUUUUUAAAGGAAAAAAAAAAAAACCCUGGCAAAUCUUUACAGGCCAGAAUUGACCUUUAAUCGUUACUAAAAAUGAGAAAACCAAGCUGCAGGUGUCGCGUCUCUUAGCUUUGCAUGUACAUGUGCCAAGUGUAGGAUUGCUAUAAAAACAUUUGCUCUCACAUUGAUGGAUCUAAUGUGUAUGGUGGACAGUUUGUUUUUUUUUUUUUCCUCUUGAGCCUUGACAGAAGCUUAAUGUGUUUUUUUUGUUUGUUUGUUUUGUUGUUUAUUUCUUUGUUUGUUUUUAUUCAAUCAGAAGGUAAUUGGCUCUUUUCGCCUGGCACUCGGCUGUAUAUUGUACAGUGGCCCGUCAUUAUUUCCGAGAAAUGUUUAGCUGUGGAAGUGCUUUUAUGUCAUCUACAUCUGUAGCGCUGUUCUUUCGCACUGAGGUGUAAAUAUUGUCCUCUGUUAGCACUGUACGUGACAGAAACUCAUGUUGCUAUGGAACAGUCGCUGCCUGGUUACAAGCAUGUUAUGGGCCGGUACCGACGGCCUUAAACAGUAUUCAACGCAUUUUCCCUAACAACGAUUAUCAGCGAGAUCUAUAGCAGAUGCUUUUGUUUUUCUUUAGGGGCAAAGGCUGCACACUAAUAUCUGUAAAGAUAUUCUGAAAUGUCUGACUACCCUUGUCAUCAUUUUGGGCUGUUCAUAUGAGAAAUCUGACGAUGAACAUGAGAGAAAAAAAAAAAAAAAAGACAAGUUUUGACAUCUUGGUUUUGAUCACCCCGUUGUCUUCCCAUGACCUGAACCCCUGUUUCCUUCAGGAAUUUUAACACUUUACGUGAAGAAAUGACUUUGUGAAAUUGAUAACCUCAGUUAGCUAAAAGUGGCUCUUUAAUGAAGGGGGUAAAUGCAUUAAUUUCCAGUAGGAGCUGGUACUCAAGCACUGCAGAUGUGUUGCCUGUAUUGGGCAACUGCCGUUUUGUUCUUUGAUAAAGCUUUAUUUUAUACUUAAUAUAAAAUAAACGUAUUGUGUUCGACUAA